AUGGCGGACAACGCAGAGAGCCCUCCCAAGGCGGGCGAAAUUCCUCCUGUCACUCGGAGACAGAGAGCCCCUACAAUUACCAUUGACACCACAGCGGUAUCUCCACAACCCCAGGAAUCUCCUGAAAGCGCCCCAAGAGGUGUCUCAUACUCACCUACCUCAUUGGGAGAGGACGCAUAUAGCCCUACCGCCAUGGACCCCAUCGCCAGUCACUGGACCCCUUCCCACCAACACUCCAACUCUCUAGGACAGAGGCCCGAAAUGCGCCAGUCCACCUCUUUCGACAGCAGAGAUAGUCGCCCAACAAGUCCUCACAAUGUCUCCAGCCCUGUUACCUACCGACCCAUGGAAAACUUCCUGUCAGUCCCCGGCGCUGCUGGCAGGUCAAGACAAAACUCAGUCAACUCCAACGAUGAGACCCGCUCGAUAACAUCAUCGCAAGGGGAGACGGUUAUUGGAGGGUCUUCCCACCAAGGCGACAAGAACGGCCGCUCCCUGUCCAGCAACACAUCGGACAACGCCCAAGUAAUCAACGACCCAGAUGCUCUCAAGCCAGACCAAGGAAGGGAGGCCGACUUCGAGGUUGUUGAUAAUCCUUUUGCCUUCACCCCCGGUCAACUCAACAAAAUGUUCAACCCCAAGAGUCUUUCCGCCUUCUGGAAGUUGGGUGGCCUUGCCGGUUUGGAAAAGGGUCUCAGGACUGAUAGGAAAGCCGGUCUCAGCAUGGAUGAGGUCCAAGUCGAUGGGCGUGUAACCUUCGACGAAGCUACUGCCCGUCCAUCUGGGAACUCACCCGACAAGCCCAAGGCUGCUGCCGAAACUGUGCUCGCCAAGACCGACAGCCACGCAGCAGAACACCAUAAGAAGCAUCAUGGAGACGACCAUUACACAUCGAGAAAGCGCGUUUUCUCCGACAACAGACUGCCAGAGAAGAAGGGCAAGAGCUUGCUGGAGCUGAUGUGGAUCACCUAUAAUGACAAGGUCCUCAUUCUUCUUUCUAUUGCCGCCGUUGUUUCGCUCGCUAUCGGACUGUACCAGACGUUUGGCCAGGCGCAUAAGCCCGGUGAAGCCAAGGUCGAGUGGGUAGAAGGAGUUGCCAUUAUUGUCGCUAUCGUCAUCGUUGUUAUGGUUGGAUCCCUGAACGACUUUCAAAAGGAACGCCAAUUUGCAAAACUCAACAAAAAGAAGCAAGAUCGUCUGGUCAAGGCUAUCCGGUCCGGCAAAACGGUUGAAAUCUCGGUUUUCGAUGUCCUGGUUGGCGAUGUUUUGCAUCUUGAGCCUGGUGACAUGAUCCCUGUCGACGGUGUCUUGAUUGAGGGCUACAAUGUGAAAUGCGACGAGUCUCAGGCCACCGGCGAGUCCGACAUCAUCCGAAAAAGGCCUGCUGACGAGGUUUACGCCGCCAUCGAGAACAACGAGAACGUCAAGAAGAUGGAUCCCUUCAUUCAAUCUGGUGCUCGCGUCAUGGAGGGCAUGGGUACCUACCUGGUCACUUCCACCGGUAUUUACUCAAGCUACGGCAGAACCCUCAUGGCGCUCGAUGAGGACCCCGAGAUGACUCCUCUCCAGUCCAAGCUGAACGUCAUUGCCGAGUACAUCGCCAAGCUCGGCGGUGCGGCUGGUCUCUUGCUCUUCAUCGUCCUCUUCAUCAUCUUCUUGGUCAAGCUUCCCAAGUCACAGCACACUCCCGCCGAAAAGGGUCAGCAGUUCUUGAACAUCUUCAUUGUCGUUGUCACCAUUAUCGUCGUUGCCGUGCCCGAAGGCUUGCCUCUUGCCGUCACCUUGGCUUUGGCCUUUGCCACUACCCGCAUGUUGCGCGACAACAACCUGGUUCGUCACCUCAAGGCUUGCGAAGUCAUGGGCAAUGCCACCACUAUUUGCUCGGACAAGACUGGUACUUUGACCCAGAACAAGAUGCAAAUCGUUGCUGGUACCCUUGGCACCACCCAUAGGUUUGGUGGCGUUGGCUCUGCCGGUGGUCUCAACCCCGAGACUCCGGACAGCCCGACUGAGGCCGACAUCUCCGCAAAGGAAGUUGUUGCCUCGCUUGAUGCCUCUGUCAAGGAAUUGCUUCUCAAGUCCAUUUCUCUCAACUCCACUGCUUUCGAAGGCGAAAUUGACGGUGUCAAAUCUUUCGUUGGCUCCAAGACUGAAACCGCCCUUCUCGAGUUCGCCAAGGAGCAUCUUGCCAUGAGCCCUAUUGCCGAGGAGCGUGCCAACGCCAAGAUCCUGCAUCUGAUCCCUUUCGACUCUGGACGCAAGUGCAUGGGCGUUGUUGUGGCGCUUGACAACGGCAAGGCACGGCUUUAUGUCAAGGGUGCCUCUGAGAUCAUGCUAGAAAAGUGCACCCAGAUUCUGCGCGACCCCUCCAACGGCAUCACUGCUGGCCCCUUGACCGCCGAGAACCGCGAGACCGUCUUGAAGCUCAUUGAGACGUACGCGCGAAACUCGUUGCGCACCAUCGGCAUCAUCUACCGGGACUUCCCUCAGUGGCCUCCUGCCAAGGCGCGCCGUACUGGAGAGGACAAGGAGGAGAUCGUCUUUGAGGAUAUUUGCAACCAGAUGAUCUUUGUCGGCAUGGUUGGUAUCAAGGAUCCUCUGCGCCCUGGUGUUCCCGAGGCCGUCCAGCUGUGCCAGAAGGCAGGAGUCGUUGUCCGCAUGGUUACUGGUGACAACAAGAUCACUGCUGAAGCAAUCGCCAAGGACUGUGGCAUUCUCCAACCUAACAGUCUCGUUAUGGAAGGUCCCGAGUUCCGGAACCUCAGCAAGUCCAAGCAGGAAGAGAUUAUUCCCCGGUUGCACGUACUUGCCCGUUCCAGUCCCGAGGACAAGCGCAUUCUGGUCAAGCGUCUCAAGGAUAUGGGCGAAAUUGUUGCUGUCACCGGUGACGGAACCAACGAUGCCCCUGCCCUGAAGAUGGCCGAUGUCGGCUUCUCGAUGGGUAUCGCUGGUACUGAAGUCGCCAAGGAGGCAUCCGCUAUUAUUCUCAUGGACGACAACUUCAACUCGAUUGUCAAGGCCUUGAAGUGGGGACGUGCUGUCAAUGAUGCCGUGAAGCGCUUCCUUCAGUUCCAGCUUACUGUCAACAUUACUGCCGUCAUCCUCACCUUCAUCUCUGCUGUCUCCAACAGCGAGCAGGACUCCGUCCUUACCGCCGUGCAGCUUCUGUGGGUCAACUUGAUCAUGGAUACUCUUGCCGCUUUGGCGCUCGCCACCGAUCCUCCUUCCGACAGUGUCUUGGACCGGAAGCCUGAACGCAGGGGUUCUGGCAUCAUCUCGACGACCAUGUGGAAGAUGAUCAUCGGUCAAGCCAUCUACCAACUGGCCAUCACCUUGUUGAUCUAUUUCGGCAAGCAAGGUGUUUUGCCCAACUACGAUGACAACGUUACGGAUGAUCAGAUCCAGACUCUUGUCUUCAACACGUUUGUGUGGAUGCAAAUCUUCAACCAAUGGAACAAUCGUCGUCUGGAUAACAACUUCAACAUUUUCGAAGGACUCACCAAGAACUUGUUUUUCCUGGGCAUUUCCGCCAUUAUGAUGGGCGGUCAGAUCUUGAUUAUCUUCGUGGGUGGCCAAGCCUUCAACAUUGCCAAGGACAAGCAAAGCGGAGCCAUGUGGGCAUACGCUUUGAUUCUGGGCUUCAUCUCCAUCCCUGUCGGCAUGAUCAUCCGUCUCAUUCCCGACUCGUUGGUUGAGCGUUUGGUGCCCGAAUAUAUCAAGAGGAGGGCUAACAAGACGCCUGACUUGACGGUCUCUGAUGAUGAGCGGUUCGAGUACUACCCGCCUGCUUUCGCCGAGGUCAGGGACGAGCUGGCCUUCCUGAAGCAGUUCAAGGGUGGACGUAUCAACAACCUCAAGUUCGCCAUGAAGCAUCCUCGCGAGACCUUCAUGCCCAAGAGGAGCGCUUCCCACAGCAGGUCAAACUCCAAGUCCAACUCGAUCAAUGUCCCUAUGACACCAAUCCGCCAGGAUAGCACCGGCGCCGCUCCUUCAAUCGCCCCCCCUACACCUGAUUCUAGGAGACGGAGCAGAAGCACGCGGUCCAGGUCCAACAGUGCUCUCGGGGCAUCUAUGGUGAUGACUGGUAUUAUUGCUGGUAGUGUCGCCGCGGGAUGGGCGCCGUCACCUGUUGAGCGCCGGCCGGAUUCCGAUUUUGGCCUGUUCCCUCCUAAGCCGAGCCCACAGGCCGAGUCUUCGCAAUCUGAAGUGCAGCCCUCGCAGCGAUCUCUCACCCCUUCCAUUAAUGAGGAGCAGGAGACGCCCGAUGUUGUCCCCAGCAGCGUGGAGCAGACUGUUCCCAUCCUCAGUGUGCCCAAGCCACCAGGGAAGAAGUCGGCUUGA